GGACAUUCCAGGUAUCCGGGAGACCAAGGCUGGGGAAGCUGAAGACCUUCCAGGGACGGGCCUCCUCCUGUGACUGGAGGGACCAUGGCAGCGACUAGGGGGGUAGUAGAGACCUUCUUAUCUGUCUUCCUGCUGUGCUGCUGGCGAGGAGCCGAGCUACAGCCAGUCAACAAAACUUCAGGUCCAGUUACUGACGACUCAUUCAAUUCAACAAAUGAAGAGAUGCCUGAAGUGUUUGAUGAAAUUAUUGCCCAAGAGAUUUUGGAGCCAAACACAUCAGCAUCAAAUGAAACACCAACAACAAAACGAACAACCCGAACAACAAAACCAACCAAGGAAAAAAAUUCUGGUAUUGAUGAUAACUACCAAGAAGAUAGCUCUGAGAAUUACCAUGAAGUAGUAGAGAACUCAGAACUCUCGUCUCUGAACAAGGAGAAAUUCGAAAGUAAUGACAGAAGCACUGCUGAGAACCUUCAUGACCACAAGCUUGAGCCACACUUUUCUUCUGAAGAAAGGAAGAGUUCAAGCAGUGAUAAUUUUGGGAAAGUGUCUGUUCUGGACAGAAUCCUUCAAAACAUAGGAAGACCUGAAGGUGGCCUGGAUCUAACAGAGAGCAUCUUCUAGGAGGAGGAGGAGAGGACCACGCCCAGGAGAACAGCACGGCGCAGGUGCUCCUGAGCUCGUUAGAAAGGCAUGGAGCCACUGGUGAGCUCCAUCCAUACCACCUGUCCUUAGGAACACACACACUCUUUGUUAUCCAUUCAUAAAAGAAAAUUGUUUUUUCCAUGUAA